AUGGCACCGCAAUUCAAGAAGCUUACCGACUGUCCUGAAAAUCUCCGGGAGGCCAUUGACUGGCUAAUUCAGAUCAAGAAUGGUGGCGAUGGUAAAGGUCUUGAGAACUUGUCUCAAGCUUUGAAAAAGUUAAUUGAUGAGGCUAUUGAGAGGGCUUAUACAACUAAUGUAAGUGCGCUUCUCAAGGCUCUUGCUUCCGUCAAGUCUUACACCUGUUGUAAGGAUAAAGUGGUUGAAAUUGAGAAACUUAAGAACCCUAAAAGGCUUGCCCAAAACAUCUUUGAUGACCUUAAGCAUGACUGUGAAGACAUCAAAAAUUGCUCUAAAAACCACCUCGAUUCCUCCCAACAGAAAGCUUUUGAUGACAUUCAGUCCAAGUUUACUCAGCUUGAAAAUCUUCAAAAAAGUCUUAAUGGAUUUACCGACCAAAAAAGUUGCGAGACCCUUUUAACUAACCUUUGUUCCGGCCUGGAGAAAUUCCUAGGUUUCUCCUCUGACUCCAAAGGCUACACGGGCGAAGGCAUUGUCUACUCUGACGUGGAUAGGCUGUGUGACGCGGUGAUGGCGUUUUUGCUGGGCGUGUUGGAGGGGGUGAAAGAUGAAAACGAAGUGACAACUUAUGAUAAUUACAUCACUCCAAAUGAUAGAAAGCUUCAAAAUGUACUAGACACCUUAAAUAAUAAAAUUGGCACCGGGCGUACUGGGCUUGUGGAGUCUGUCGCCGCGGUUAAGGGGUGGUUGGAGGGGUAUGAAGGUGGAGUCAACCAAAAAAACAGCAAAAUAACGAUGCCAAUAUAUGAGCUAGAAAAACAAAUUAAAGACAAAAUAAGUAAAUUACAAGAGUUUGUUAGUAAAAAAUACGAAGACAAGGAGAGCGAACUGGCCGCUUGGGUUAAUAGUAUUGAGGAGCUGCCGAAAAAAAGUAAAAAGUCGUACGAAGCGCUAUCACAUUUAGACGGUAACUUAAAAAAUAAGUUACAUCCGCAUGUUGACGUGAUUAACAGAUUUUCGGAAUCGUUCAAGAAAACUUUAUACAACGACUUCGUAGGCCUUGUUCAGGUAUGUGGGAAGGUGGAUGAAGAAUUUAAUGGUUUGAAUGAACAUGUGGACAACUGCAUAAAUCACCCAGUUAAUGGUUUAAAAAAGAGAAUCGAUAAUGAUAUUCAGGAGUUUCAGCAUAAUCUGUCGACUAAACAUCCCAAAGCUUUGGAGGAGUCUAUUAAGAACGCAAAACAGAUGCUGACAGAUGCCAAGCAGGCAGCGGAUGAAUACUUACAGAAAUUUGAACCUCAAAAAAAGGAGCAGUUUGAUGAUAAAAUAAAGGCGAUAGAGGCGUUGUUGGAUGAGAUUGAUAAGUCGAAGAAUACCAAAGGCGUUUCUCUUCCCGCAACAGAAUCUAAACUUCACGGUGAGGUCUCCGCACUUACAGGGAUGAUUAGUGAAAUGGAAUCUCAACUUCAAGCGGGAGCGUCUAAAAUUGGCAACGCAAUUAACGUCGCUGUUCAAGGAAUUAACCUGGCGCUUAGAACACUGGAUGAAAAAGUUAAGGAAGGGUUAGAAAAGAUGAAGCAGCAAAUUAAUCCGGAAGUUAAGAAGGUGAUCAGUGCACUUAAGAAGGGAGUGGAGAAUGUUGCUAAUGGUGAUUCUGAGGGUGCUGACUUCAGGCCUGGGGAACACGGUGCACAGGAUAUAAUUAUUGAGUUCCAAAGCAAGCUGGGAAACGAUGCUGAAACGUUGUAUCAGUGGGGUAGAGCGGCACAAAAUGGUAACUUUAAAAAUGUCCUGGCUAAGUUAGAUAAACAUACGGGAAGUAUGUCCACAAACAAUUACCAAGCAUUCAGAAGCUUUUUAGAGCAGCUUUUACAAGAUCUUAAUGCCCAAGAGUAUAGAAAAUCCUUCUUCGAUGCCCUUAUCGCUGAUCUUAAGAAGAAAGUGGAUGAUAAGAUAAGUGAAAUCAAGGGGUCGAUGUUUACAGCGGUUUUCCAACGAUAUAAGCAGGAGACAACACAGGGCAUUGCUCCCGCCGUCUCGUCGGACGAACCCCUUCACUCCCGGAUCGACAAAAUUAAAACAACGGUGGCACAAUUUUUUGAGGAAGGUAAAAUAAAAGGGAUCGAUGACAAAUUCAACCUUGGCCAGCAAGGCCCAUUCGGAGAGUAUCAUACCAAAAUGCAAGCGGCCCUCUCGGCAAUAAGAAAAGCCCUCUCAAAGAUUACGACGCUCGAAAAUAUUCCGGGAGCUGUUAAAACUGCCAGGCAAAAGGUCGGGGAAUUUAUUGAGGAGAUUAGGAGCAGAUUUACAGCGCUCAACACGAAAGCUGAAGAAGCACUUCGAUAUGUGGAGAAGGCUGAGCAAAAUCUGGAACAAAUGCUUCAAUGUAUCUACGAUGAUAUCAAACAUUACCACAGGGAAUCAACAUAUUACAUCGAUCAAUUCCAUGAUGUAUUCAUUAAACGGUCUACCAUAGCCCAAACCGAAAUCAAAAAAGAAGCCUUCCAAAAAUACGUCCAAUCCAAUACUAUCCAACUCACUGACCUGCAACAAAUGGUCGAAAAGGAACGCCAAAAGAUCGACGACACAAUUACCAAGGAUGUAUCUACCGGUGUCAAAGGCUUGAUGGGAGAGAUGUAUUUCAAAAGCGGUAGGAUUGACGCAUUGACAAACAAUUCGGAAGUGAAAGCGUUGUCAGAUAAAUACAUGGACUUCAUGAAAGUGCUCUCCGAUUACAUUACUAAGGACAUUGCAACACAGCUCUAUCUCACUAAGGAGACCAAACACAAAAACGUGCAUUACAAUCGGGUUGACGGAACAUUCAAAAAGCUGAAGGAGAUACUCGAACACUUAAAAGCCAAGAAGCAUUACGACCAUAAAUUCACCCGACUACUCGCCGAACUUCAAGAGCUCCUUGCCUAUCUGCACCCCUCAUCGUUCGCUCACAUCGCCAUGCCAGUCGUGGCGGCCAUCAAAGGCGGUGUUACUGGUCUCACCAACCAGUUGCAGACAGCGUACGUAUUGGUGUAUGACGGUGAAAAGAUCGACUGGACUAACGAUGAGAAGUCCACGCAACAUUGCGCCAAGGCGUUCGUUACUCUCAUGUACACCCUGUACCAACAGCUCCACGAGGUGUACUAUGAUGGAGGUACGAUGUGGAAAGCCCAUCGCAUUCGGGUGAAAUCCGAGGGUGAUGAGAAGCGUUUGCAAACGUAUUUCACAAAAGCGGGUUACGAAACGCAUCACCUUAUCAAUGAGAAGAACAUCGGCUGGGAGGUAGCCAUACUUUUGAAGAAAGGUUUCGGUGCGCACAAAGAAUUUAAUCGAUCACCUAACGAUUUCAGAACGUUUGAUGAAUCCGUUGCGUACUUCACAGAAAAUGGAGGUCUCUUAUCAAAGCUCUUCGGUUACCUGGAAGAGUACAAUGACGUCAGCCACAUGACACUGCGCCCUAAGCCACGACACCCGUCUUCCGUGUACGACGCGUUGGUAUGGCUAACGGGCCUGCCGCAUACUCGCGUACGUUCAAAAAUGCUGGCCGGUCCAAUCCAGGAGCUAUUCGAAAAUCCAGACGACAAGGAAGCAGAGGGAGAUGACGGCCUUAAGAUGUCAUUGGUAACCGUUGGUGUCAAGCCCGUGGAGGCGCAUCCUAAACCAAUAGUAUAUGACAGAGUAUCGGCAUGGUUAGACGACAUGUGUUCCAAAUCGUAUGACUUGCUGAUUUGCAUUGUCGGACCCGGCGAUGCCGCAACGUAUUACGGCUGCGACUACUGCAACAACGCACUGAAUCUGUACUAUCCCGCGGAUGCUGCGGAGUGUUUUGAUUUGAUGUGCGAUAUGCUUGGACGUAUAUAUUCACCGCUUAAAUUCUUAUACCAACAAUGCCGUAAUUCGUCGUCUGAGUUCGGCUGGAGUGACUGCCUGUACGGCAGAGAUGUCGCCUUAACCAAAUGGCAUUGUGGACAGCACUCAAGCGUCGAAGUUGGGUGCCAAGCAAACGGCCAACCAAAUUGCCAGUCAAAGUGCGAACCAACGUGCAGACCAACAUCGCCAUUGAUGUCUUAUCUAAAUGAUGCCCUACCAGGACAUUUGCCGCACAAACUGAGUGCCGUUGGAUGUAAGUACAAAUGUUCGACGUGCUCUUCCGGUUCUCGUAGUAUGCCAUGUCUAACUCCAUUGGGCUUUAGAGCCUUCUCUGGUUCGACUAGGAAAGGUGAAGACAUAUGCUCGCUGCUUAAGGAGAUAUGCGGUGACGACGGUGUUCUCACAUCCCUCGUAUCUUCGCUAACAUGCCUUGUUGGUGGCCCUCCGAAGACGCUCCCUGAUAUAUUCACGUUCUAUUAUAAUAUCAUCAAGCCGUGGAUGAAAACACCAGCAAACGCACUACCGACAAAUAUCAUUCAAAAUGCAAUUUCCGACAAGAUUCUUGAAACCGUCGGCUGCAAGCAUGAUGACGCUGUAAAACUGCUUGACUCUUGCCAAGAAUUGUGUUACUCCACAUCGCACUCUAAACACAACAUCGACAAUCCCGAUCUCAAGUAUCUCGCCGGUUGCGGUACACCGAAUUGCGGUGCCUUCUUCCUCACGCUCAACUCAACUGCAUAUUCCACAUUUGCACCGAAGCACGCCGGCAAUUAUUUGUCUUGGCUGCUUUACAGUGCUUGGUCUCUUGUUGAUUUCAUUGAUCAAUUGAAGAAUGCGUUCUGCAGCAUUUCUUGUUACAACUCAGAUUGCCGCGGCUGCCUAAACGAUGCCAACUGUCAGCAAGGUAAACACGGCAAUAAAUCAUGUGGCUGCCAGUCCAUCGUCCACUGUACAGGAGUCUCGUCCGUUUUCUACAAAUGCGGGCUGCAAUUCGUAGAUAUUCAGACAGGCACAAGAAAGAAAUGCUUCAAUCUGCGUGAAGCACUCGAAAAGUUGCUAAGUUCCGACUUGCUGAAUAAAUUCCUUAAUGCAAUCGACCAAUUCUUGUGGAAAAUCCGUGAACCAUUCUCCUACCUUGUCCUCACCCUCUGGCUCCUCUCCCUUUUCUACCUGCUCCACAUCAUGCUCAUCCGCCUCGACCUGCUCCACAUCAAAUCUCACUUACACUCACCCUCAUCACAUCGCAUCGCCGCCCAGUCACUACUCGCCGCAGGAAGGGUUGGCAAACUCAGCACGAUAUCGUACCUACAAGCAUAA